CGUAUCACGACGUCGUCUUAAUGUCGCACAUCAAUGUUUAUUUGACUCAGUUUCAGUAGAAAAUUGUUACUUUUGACUACAAAGUUAGGAAGUAGUGCAGAAAUUAAGUUUUUAUGACUACAUAGAUAAGCUGUACUCAUAUUUUAGUCAGUAAAUGACGUGGAAGUCAUCAAGACACUAACGCAAAAGAAGAAUGAAUUAAAUAGAAAGAGAAAUCUGUAAUAUAAAAUGAGUUCUAACAGAGGCUACUACAAAACUGAGGUGGAAUUUGACUUGGCUGAUAUAAGGAACAAGAAUCUCGGGACUGUGAAUAGAUCACAGAAAACUUACACAUACGAUGAAGCUAUCGAUAUGGCAGGAACAGGUUGCUACAGCUAUUUCCUGAUGCUGACCUCAAGUUUGACCCUGCUGUCUAUGUGUAUAGACAUCUUCAGCUUCUCAGUGGUAGUGGGGGGCAGCCGCUGUGAGUUCCCCCCCCUGGACGUGCAUCAGAAGAGCGCGUUGAUGUCCAUGCCAUUUCUUGGUCCAGUAAUAAUGUCCUAUGCUUGGGGCUACCUAUCAGACACCCGCGGACGUCGUCGCUGCCUAUCCCUGGGUAUGUGGGGCAGUUUCAUAGCCUCCAGUCUCGUGGCCUUCUCCCCCCAUUACGCUGUCAGUGGAAUCUUGAAGUUCAUCAGUAGCAGUUUUUGCACCUGUGCUCAGUCAACUACUUAUGCCCUUUUGGGAGAAUCAACUUCGCAGCGAGCUAGGGGCUACUUCAUGUUGAUGGUCACUGGCUUCCUAAAUAUGUGCUUCUCUUCAUACAUAGUUCCUGCCUUCUUCAUACUCAAUGCUGAGUUCUCCUUCAUCGUCUUCGGCUACAAUGUCCUUCCUUGGAGGGUUUUGGCACUAGUUUUAGCUCUUCCUAUGGGCAUCUGUGGAAUCUUGCUGCAUUUCAUAUAUGAGAGUCCCAAGUUCCUAGCCAAUGCUGGGCGGAAGCGGGAGGCUGUAGAAGUUCUGGCAAAUAUUUGGAGACGGAAUGGAAAGAAGGGGAAGUAUCCUGUAGAAAUCCUGGACUUCACCGAGGAUCCCAACAUCAGCCAGCGUCGGAGUCAGCCCUUCCUCUCGUCCCUCAGGCACCAGACCGCGCCGCUAUUUCAGCCCCCCCUGCUUUUCAGGACAUUGCAGUUGUUCUACUUGACCAACAUAUUUUACAGCAUAAGUAACAGCCUGACAGUUUGGUUCCCAUUCAUCGCUGAAUCAUUCUUCAAUGGCCUUCACUCCAGUAAUGAAGACACAGCUCAGGGCCUCUGUCUGAUGAUAGACCAGGCAAAAAGAGUUAAUUCUACUGCUGAGGUGGCAUGUACAACCGCUAUAGAUCCGAACACAGUUUACGGCGGUCUCGGACAAGGAUUGAGCUAUUUUGCCAUCAUGCUGGUCAUAUCAACUUUAGCAUCCAGGAAGAAAAUGCUGAUGUUAUCUCUACUAGUGAUAUCCUGCUUCUGUGGGGUUGCUUCCGUUCUCGUCCCCAACAACGUGGUGGAUUUCGUCAUGUUCUUCGGUCUACUCCUCAACAAUCUGUGCAUGGGCAUUGUGUAUUCUUACUUUGUUGACUUGUAUCCGACUUCUUACAGAGGCAUGGUCGCAUGUCUGGGGACUAUCGUGGCGCGCAGCAGCAGCCUCAUAGGAAUUAACGUUAUUGGAGUUUACUUCUUGGAGCACUGCAGUAUCACUAUCUAUGCAUGUACUGCCUACCUGUUCAGUGGUCUACUGGUGUCACUUUUUCUGCCACCGGACAAACCAAAAAAGAUUCAAGAAUGAAGAAUUUUUUAGUUGCUUAUAAUUUUUUACAUACUUACAUAUAGUCACGUCUAUAUCCCUUACGGGGUAGACAGAGCCAAUAGCCCCGAAAAGUCUGAAUGGCCACGUUCAGCUCGGCUUAGUGUUAAUUUAAUAUUUUUUUAGUUAAUUCAUGACUUUAUUAUUUCAUUGCCAAAUAUAUUUUCUGAUGUAAAUUAUAUAUUUUAUCGUCAUUCCAUCCUUAUAAAGUUGCAAAGGUGAGGUCCUGGCUGAAGGUCAAGUGAGGAAACCUGCACAUUCAGGAAACUAGAUGUGCAACCAUGAUCGGGUAUCGGGAUAUCUAACCCGUAUUGGACCGAUCAUCCCCUGCAAAGGUUGCGGAGGUCAGACGGGAGUCGCUUCGUGUAAAAAUCUGACUCACCCAAUCCAGGGUCCAUGGUCAAAUGCGGGACUAAAGCCAGGACGUGUUAUGAAUAUGUUUAUGUCACGUCACUAUUAUUGUGUAGCAUCACUAGUCGAAUGAAGAUGGCGUCCUAAUCGGGUUGAGAGCUAGCCAUCACUCG